AUGGACCCGGAUUCUGAAGAAGUGGAAACGCAUGGCCAAGGCAACCGAACGGAAGAGCUGGCUCCAUCCAUGCGUAGUUCCUCCAGCGAUCAAAGUUCCUCACAAGACGGUGACCAGGAGAGCUUGCAGUCGAGUGACGAAAUUUUAACCCUGAGGCAACGAUUGGAUGCUUGCAAGACUCGGCUGAUCAAAUAUGUCGUUGAAAAUACCCUCUGCUGUCUGGAAAGGAAGUUUGUAUCGAUGCAACGCGAUGGUGGCACUAGCGCCUCGUUUAAUCCCGUUGGGGAUACAGGAGCUGGUGCGUGCCAAACAUCCAAAGGAAAGCAGCGAGAAAGAAAGAGGAAAGUUGGGCAGGCUGGUGGCAACGCAGAAGACGACGAAGAUAAUACGCUGGAAGAGAGAAACCCUAAAGGACUGACGGAAUUGGAUUCUGGCGGGCUACUCGCAUGUCCGUUCUUCAAGCACGACACAGCGAAGUACAAAGCACAUAGAGCCUGCUGUGGACCAGGGUGGAGUACAGUUCAUCGCAUCAAGUGCAACCGCUGCUGUAUCCCGUUUGACGAUAACGAGUCCUUGAGAGAACAUCAGAGGUCCACAACGCCUUGUGAGCUUCAGCCCCCCACACCUGUGGAUGGAAUCGGCGAAGCCCAAGAGAAGGUACUUCGGAGUCGCAAAAAGGCGUGUCUGGGGCUUAGCGAAAUCGAAAAGUGGAGGACAAUGUACAACAUCAUCUUUCCCGACUUGGCAGAGGAAGAUAUACCCUCUCCGUUCUACGAAUACGAGAAUUCGCAUGAAAAGUACUCAGGGGGCAAGGAACGAUCCGAGUACUUGGCUGAGUACGAGAAGUACCUCGUUCCCCGCCUUAUAAACAGACUUGAGCACCAAUUCGAAACGGAUCUCCGCAUUUUCGAAUCGGGAAUGAAGAAGAAGGCCAUCGAGCUUGUAAUAGACGUACAGUUGGAGAUACUGGACGAAUUCCGGAAGUGGGCGCCGGGGCCGUCACAUCAGAGAGAGCCGCAGCACCAAGCGAGGCCGGCAACUAUGCCCCAUGAUGCUGUGGUGGUCACGCGGAGCGAGGACGUCCAGUCGUUGCCCUUGCCUGCAUUCGAGCCGCAAGACCUCCAGCUGGCGUAUGAUGAUCUGGAGCUCCAGUUUUUAAAUCCGUUGGCGUCAAUAAUGGAUGGCAAUGUCGGUGAUGGGUGGGAAUGGAAUGAUAUGUGUGCUGGUCCGUCUAAUUCUCGAGGUCGGCAGACUUCUGAUCCUGGCUACGAGUCCCAAGAGGGGGCGCAAGAAAAGCCAGAUUAUCAAUGA